AUGGACUCGGCUCUGCUGACUUCUCAACUCGCCCAUGUUCACAACCACGCCCGCGAACGCGGCCCAUACUUUGCACGCAAGUCGAACAUCUUCAACCAAGUGUUCGUCAAGCAGGCAUGGGGCUGGACGGCUGGCAUCUUCCUCCUCCACCUGUGCACGUCGCCUCCUGCUCAAGCUCAAACUCGUGUCAACCCGGCCCUCCACCCCAACACCCCCACCGCUCCCGGCAGGCGGACAUGGGCCCAGCGUCUCGCGCACCUGGUCCUUGCCAGCCUGGCCUGGAUCGCCUUUACGGCGUGGUUCUUUGGUCCUGGUUUCGGCGACCGCAUCAUCGCCGCGACGGGCGGCGCGUGUGCCGUCCCCCUGCCGAGUAGUAUCGACCCGGGGAUCCUCGACGACAUCCUCCCGCCUGGCGCCGCUCCCAUUGUCACCACCACUCCGGGACAGCCACACGUCCCCGGCCAGACGGGCCCAGGCAUCGCCCGCGUGUACCUGCCACUCCCGGACGAGUUCUGCCUGCGCCGCCCGCUCACACCCAAGACGUUCCCGGCCCUCUUUGAGCUCCUCAACGCCGCUGCCGCGUCGUCCGCUGCGGGUCUCGCAGCAGACGUCCAAGCCGGCGCGGCCGACCUCCACGCCAAGACACACGAGUACCUCCGCCUCCCGCCUCCUCGCUGGUCGGGCGGCUUUGACAUUAGCGGCCACGCAUUCUUGCUCACGCUGGGCGCGUGUGUCCUCGCCUCCGAAGUGGCCAUUACAUGGCGCGCAUGGCGCCAGGCCGCCGCUGCCGCUGGACCAGUCCCGACCCCCUCGCGCACGACGGCCAGCGGACGCCUGCACGUCCUCGCCACCUACGCCGGCACAGGCCUCAUCGGUCUCUGGGUGUGGAUGCUGGUCACGACGGCGUACUACUUCCACGACGUGCACGAGAAACUCGCCGGCCUGGCUCUGGGCCUCUUUGCGUCGCUGGCGGUCCACAUGCUCGUCCCCGGCGCCGACCGUCCCGUCAUCGAGUUCAAGGUCCGCGGACCCACGCGCCGCCCCCAGCCGCGCACCGUCGGCAGUAGCAGCGGUAGUGAGCAUGGGUUUGGGUUCAUUGAGGACCACGGAGUGGCCAAGACGGUCGCGCCGGUGCACUUUGAGGGCGUACUUCUGGAGGCGCCGGUCGAGUCGCCCAUGCACCUCCACGAAGAGUAG